ACAUCGUGGUUGGUCAUCAAGGGUGUUGGGGACCCCAAAAACCACCCAAAAGGGAGCGGGAGAGGCUGGAGCUUCUUGUGACCGUUGCCGGUGUCCCCAGCAGGGACACGGUGACACCGGAGCCACCGCCAGCGCCACCGAGUGACGGCAACGGGGAUUCCCGGGGCGGAUCCAGCCAGGACCAGUCGUCCCAGUAAGAUGGAGCAGGAGGAGGAGAUGCGGGAGCUGCUGCUCCCCAGCUGGCAGGGCAGCACGUCCCACGGCAUCACCAUCGACCAGACGGACGCCGGCGUCUUCGUCCGGCGCGUGCAGCACAACUCGCCGGCCGCCAGGAUGGGCGUCGUCAGGGAAGGUGACCAGAUCGUGGGCGCCACCGUGUACUUCGACAACCUGCAGUCCGGGGAGGUGGCGCAGCUGCUCAGCUCCAUGGGCCACCACACGCUGGGGCUGCGGCUGCAGCGCAAGGGGGACAGGUCCCCCCUGCCCGGACAGACGUGGGGACACGACGUCUUUGUCCCCAGCAGCCCCGAGGUCGUGCUGAGCGGCGAUGACGAGGAGUACCGGCGCAUCUACACGACGAAGAUCAAACCGCGGCUCAAGUCGGAGGAGCUGGCGGAGCCCGAUGGCGGCGGGACGCAGAGCAGGACCAUCACGGUGACGCGGAAGGUGACGGCGUACACCGUGGACGUCACCGCGCAGGACGGCUGCCAAGACGCCGACGUCCUCGGCCCCGAGUUCCGAAUCCGCGUCCCGAGCCACGACGUCGCCCACGGGACGACUGGGGGAGAAUCGGCGACAAGCGUCAUCAAGAUGGCGCCGGGGGAAGCUCCUCCCGGGCCUACGGUUGGAUCUUCCACCCAAAAGUUGGACGUCAAGCCCGGGAUCGGCGUCUCGGGCGUCGAGAUGAGGACUCGGGUCCCUCAGCCGCCGCAAAGUCAAGUUCCUGGCGGAGAAACUGGAAAAUGGGUCGCGGUGGAACUGCCGGGACGCGACGUUUCCGGCCCUGCGUUCCCGGGAUCGCCCGCGUUUGAGGCCAAUGGCCAAACGGGGCACAUGGAGAUGGGUUUUCACAUCAAGGGGCCCGGCCUGGACGGCAAAGGACACAUUUAUGGCGCCGCUGGCCGAGGGGAGAUGCUGGGGGACACACGCGCCCCCGCGGUUGACGUUGCUUUGCCGGCAGUGGAAAACCCAGCGCUCGAUGUGGGAAAAAUCAAGAUCCCCGUGUUGAAAAUGCCCAAAUUCGGCUUCCCCGGCGCGGGAUCCGGCGCCGACGCUCAAGCUCCGUGUGCCGACGUUGCCUCCUCGUCCGUCCGCCUCCCGGCACCGCAAGUUCCGGCUCCUUCGGCCCAAGUCCCGAUGCCGCAGGUGGACAUGGGGCUGAAGGGGGACGCGAAGGUCCCGUCCCCACAACUGGAGGUCCCCGGCGUGGCCAUCAAAGGACCCGACGUGGCCAUCAAAGGCCCCGGCGCAGCCCUCCCGCCUCCUGACACCGACGUUCACGAUGAGAAGAUAAAGCUCAAAAUCCCGCACAUGACUUAUCCGAAGUUUACGGCCCCGUCCGCGCAAGGGGACGGUCCCACCAUGGAGGCGACGCUCCCGAAGGCCGAGGUGGCGCCGGUGCCGUGUGACGUGGCCGUCGGCAUCACCGGCCAAGGGGAAUGGAAAGGCCCUGCGUUCAAGAAGGUGGAAACGCCCCACAUUUCUCUGUCGGACGUCAACUUGAACCUGAAGGGCCCUCAAGCGAAGGGAGAUCUGGGUGUUGCCGUCCCCAGGAUGGAGGUGAAAGUUCCUGCUGGUGAAUCGGUGAAAGGCCCCGGUGUGACCGCGCCGGAGCUGGACGUGAAGGUGAAGGGAGACGCGAGUGUUUCCGUCCCAAAGAUGGACUUGAAGGGGCCUCAACUUGACGUGAAAGGCCCCAAACUGGGGGUGGACGUGCCCGACGUCGACGUCAAAGGCCCCAAAGUCACGAUGCCGGGGGUGCACGUCCAGACCCCCCAGAUCUCCAUGCCCGACAUCGAUUUGAACCUGAAAGGCCCCAAAGUGAAGGGAGAACUGGACGUUUCUGCCCCAAAACUGGAAGGGGAGUUGAAAGGGCCUGGACUUGACGUCAAAGGCCCCAAAGUCGACAUUGAAGCGCCGGACGUGGACAUUCACGGUCCAGAGGGCAAACUGAAGAUCCCCAAGCUGAAAAUGCCCAAAUUUGGGGUGUCUGGCAUGAAAGGAGAAGGUCCCGAUGUUGAUGUGACUCUUCCAAAGGGCCAAGUGGACAUUUCCGGGCCCAAGGUUGACGUUGACGUGCCGAGCGUGGCCAUCAAAGGCCCCGAAGGACACCUGAAGGGCCCCAAGAUGCCUGAGAUGAGCUUCAAGACCCCCCAGAUCUCCAUGCCCGACAUCGAUUUGAACCUGAAAGGCCCCAAAGUGAAGGGAGAACUGGACGUUUCUGCCCCAAAACUGGAAGGGGAGCUGAAAGGGCCUGGACUUGACGUCAAAGGCCCCAAAGUUGACAUUGAAGCUCCAGACGUGGACAUUCACGGUCCAGAGGGCAAACUGAAGAUCCCCAAGCUGAAAAUGCCCAAAUUUGGGGUGCCUGGCAUGAAAGGAGAAGGUCCCGAUGUUGACGUGACUCUUCCAAAGGGCGACGUGGCCAUUUCUGGCCCCAAAGUAGAUAUUGAUGUGCCAGGCGUGGCCAUCAAAGGGCCCCAAGGGCAACUGAAGGGCCCCAAGGUCUCCGUGCCGGACGUCGAUCUCAACCUGAAAGGCCCCGGCGUCAAGGGUGACGUGGGGGUUUCCGUUCCCGCCGUAGGAGCUGAUUUGAAGGGGCCUGAACUCGAGUUCACAGGCCCCAAAGUUGACGUUGAAACACCGGAUGUGGACAUUCAUGGUCCAGAGGGCAAACUGAGGAUCCCCAAGCUGAAAAUGCCCAAAUUUGGGGUGCCUGGCAUGAAGGGAGAAGGUCCCGAUGUUGAUGUGACCCUUCCAAAGGGCCAAGUGGACAUUUCCGGGCCCAAGGUUGACGUUGACGUGCCGAGCGUGGCCAUCAAAGGCCCCGAAGGACACCUGAAGGGCCCCAAGAUGCCCGAGAUCAGCUUCAAGACCCCCCAGAUCUCCAUGCCCGACAUUGAUUUGAACCUGAAAGGCCCCAAAGUGAAGGGAGAACUGGAUGUUUCUGCCCCAAAACUGGAAGGGGAGUUGAAAGGGCCUGGACUUGACGUCAAAGGCCCCAAAGUCGACAUCGAAGCUCCGGACAUGGACAUUCACGGUCUAGAGGGCAAAGUGAAGAUCCCCAAGCUGAAAAUGCCCAAAUUUGGGGUGCCCGGCAUGAAAGGAGAAGGUCCCGAUGUUGACGUGACUCUUCCAAAGGGCCAAGUGGACAUUUCCGGGCCCAAGGUUGAUGUUGACGUGCCGAGCGUGGCCAUCAAAGGCCCCGAAGGACACCUGAAGGGCCCCAAGAUGCCCGAGAUCAGCUUCAAGACCCCCCAGAUCUCCAUGCCCGACAUUGAUUUGAACCUGAAAGGCCCCAAAGUGAAGGGAGAACUGGAUGUUUCUGCCCCAAAACUGGAAGGGGAGUUGAAAGGGCCUGGACUUGACGUCAAAGGCCCCAAAGUCGACAUCGAAGCUCCGGACAUGGACAUUCACGGUCUAGAGGGCAAAGUGAAGAUCCCCAAGCUGAAAAUGCCCAAAUUUGGGGUGCCCGGCAUGAAAGGAGAAGGUCCCGAUGUUGAUGUGACUCUUCCAAAGGGCCAAGUGGACAUUUCCGGGCCCAAGGUUGACGUUGACGUGCCGAGCGUGGCCAUCGAAGGCCCGGAAGGAAAAGGGAAAGGUCUCAAAUUGAAGAUGCCCGGAUUAAACGUCCAGACGCCCAAACUGUCCAUGCCAGACGUGGAUCUCGCUUUGAAGGGCCCCCACUUGAAAGGGGAAGCGGAAAUUUCCGCUCCCAAGGUCUCGGGAGAUCUGAAAGGCCCCAAACUAGACGUGGAAGGGCCCAAAGUGGAUGUUGACUUGCCCGACGUAGACUUGGAGUGUCCGGAAGGGAAAGCCAAAGGCUCCAAGUUCAGGAUGCCGAAGCUCAACAUCAAGGCACCCAAAAUCUCUGUGCCGGACGUCGAUUUGAACCUAAAGGGACAUAAAAUGAAAGGAGAGGUGGAUGUUUCCCUUCCGAAGGUCGAAGGUGACGUCAAAGGGCCAAAAAUAGACGUCGAGGUCCCCGACGUCAACCUGGAGUGUCCAGAAGCCAAAUUGAAAGCGCCCAAAGUGAAACUCCCUCAUUUUAACGUCUCUGGAGCCAAAUUGGAGGGAGCUGACAUAGACGUCAACCUGCCCAAAGCAGAGGUGGAUGUUUCGGGGCCGGAAGUGGAUAUUGAAGCGCCGGAGCUGGAUGUUGCGGGGCCGGAAGGCAAAUGGAAAGGUCCCAAGUUCAGGAUGCCGAAGCUCAACAUCAAAACGCCAAAGAUCUCCAUGCCGGACGUCGAUUUGAACCUGAAGGGGCCUAAAGCCAAAGGAGAGUUGGACAUCGCGGCUCCCAAGGUAGAGGUGAAAGGGCCAGAAAUAGACGUUAAAGGGCCAAAAGUCGACGUUGAGGCACCAAAUAUCGACUUGGAGUGUCCUGAAGGGAAACUGAAGGGCCCCAAGUUCAAGAUGCCCGAGAUGCACGUCAAGGCGCCCAAGAUCUCCAUGCCCGACGUGGAUAUCGGUCUGAAAGGACCCAAGAUUAAGGGGGACGUGGACGUGUCUGGCCCCAAGCUGGAAGGGCCUGAUGUGGAAAUCAAGGGCCCCAAGGUUGACAUUGAUGUUCCAGAUGUGGAUGUUCACGGUCCAGAGGGAAAAUUCAAGCUGCCCAAGUUCAAAAUGCCCAAGUUUGGGGUUCCGGGUUUCAAAGGAGAAGGCCCAGAGGUGGACGUGAACCUGCCCAAGGGAGACAUUGAGGUGUCUGCUCCAAAGGUGGAUAUUGAAGGUCCAGAGUUGGACAUUGAAGGUCCAGAGGGGAAGCUGAAAGGCCCCAAGUUCAAGAUGCCCGAGAUGCACAUCAAGACCCCCAAGAUCUCCAUGCCGGACAUUGACCUGAACCUGAAAGGCUCCAAAGUCAAGGGGGACGUGGACGUGUCUGUUCCCAAGAUUGAGGGAGACUUGAAGGGCCCAGACAUUGACAUCAAAGGCCCCAAAGUGGAUGUUGAGCUUCCUGACGUGGAGCUGGAAGGUCCAGAGGGGAAACUGAAGGGCCCCAAGUUCAAGAUGCCCGACCUGAACAUCAAGGCGCCCAAGAUCUCCAUGCCCGACGUCGACUUCAACCUGAAGGGCCCCAAGAUUAAGGGAGAUGUCGAUGUGUCUGUUCCCAAGCUGGAAGGGCCUGAUGUGGAAAUCAAGGGCCCCAAGGUGGACAUUGAUGUUCCAGAUGUGGACAUUCACGGCCCAGAGGGAAAAUUCAAGCUGCCCAAGUUCAAGAUGCCCAAGUUUGGGAUUCCAGGUUUCAAAGGAGAAGGCCCAGACGUGGACGUGAACCUGCCCAAGGGAGACAUUGAGGUGUCUGCUCCAAAGGUGGAUGUUGAGUUGCCAAGUGUGGACAUUGAAGGUCCAGAGGGGAAGCUGAAAGGCCCCAAGUUCAAGAUGCCCGAGAUGCACAUCAAGACCCCCAAGAUCUCCAUGCCGGACAUUGACCUGAACCUGAAAGGCCCCAAAGUCAAGGGGGACGUGGACGUGUCUGUUCCAAAGAUUGAAGGAGACUUGAAGGGCCCAGACAUUGACAUCAAAGGCCCCAAGGUCGAUAUCGACCUUCCUGAUGUUGAGCUGGAAGGUCCAGAGGGGAAACUGAAGGGCCCCAAGUUCAAGAUGCCCGACCUGAACAUCAAGGCGCCCAAGAUCUCCAUGCCCGACGUCGACUUCAACCUGAAGGGCCCCAAGAUUAAGGGAGAUGUCGAUGUGUCUGUCCCCAAGCUGGAAGGUGAGCUCAAAGGCCCAGAGGUGGACAUCAAGGGCCCAAAAAUAGAUGUUGAUGUUCCAGACGUGGACGUUCAUGGUCCAGAAGGAAAAUUCAAGAUGCCCAAGUUCAAAAUGCCCAAGUUUGGGGUUCCAGGUUUCAAAGGAGAAGGCCCAGAGGUGGACGUGAACCUGCCCAAGGGAGACAUUGAGGUGUCUGGUCCGAAGGUGGAAGUUGAAGGUCCAGAGUUGGACAUUGAAGGUCCAGAGGGGAAGCUGAAAGGCCCCAAGUUCAAGAUGCCUGAGAUGCACAUCAAGACCCCCAAGAUCUCCAUGCCGGACAUUGACCUGAACCUGAAAGGCCCCAAAGUCAAGGGCGACAUCGACGUGUCUGUUCCCAAGAUUGAGGGAGACUUGAAGGGCCCAGACAUUGACAUCAAAGGCCCCAAAGUGGAUGUUGAGCUUCCUGACGUGGAGCUGGAAGGUCCAGAGGGGAAACUGAAGGGCCCCAAGUUCAAGAUGCCCGACCUGAACAUCAAGGCGCCCAAGAUCUCCAUGCCCGACGUCGACUUCAACCUGAAGGGCCCCAAGAUUAAGGGAGAUGUCGAUGUGUCUGGCCCCAAGCUGGAAGGGCCUGAUGUGGAAAUCAAGGGCCCCAAGGUGGACAUUGAUGUUCCAGAUGUGGACGUUCACGGUCCAGAGGGAAAAUUCAAGCUGCCCAAGUUCAAAAUGCCCAAGUUUGGGGUUCCGGGUUUCAAAGGAGAAGGCCCAGAGGUGGACGUGAACCUGCCCAAGGGAGACAUUGAGGUAUCUGGUCCAAAGGUGGAUGUUGAAGGUCCAGAGUUGGACAUUGAAGGUCCAGAGGGGAAGCUGAAAGGCCCCAAGUUCAAGAUGCCCGAGAUGCACAUCAAGACCCCCAAGAUCUCCAUGCCGGACAUUGACCUGAACCUGAAAGGCCCCAAAGUCAAGGGGGACGUGGACGUGUCUGUUCCAAAGAUUGAAGGAGACUUGAAGGGCCCAGACAUUGACAUCAAAGGCCCCAAGGUCGAUAUCGACCUUCCUGAUGUUGAGCUGGAAGGUCCAGAGGGGAAACUGAAGGGCCCCAAGUUCAAGAUGCCCGACCUGAACAUCAAGGCGCCCAAGAUCUCCAUGCCCGACGUCGACUUCAACCUGAAGGGCCCCAAGAUUAAGGGAGAUGUCGAUGUGUCUGUCCCCAAGCUGGAAGGUGAGCUCAAAGGCCCAGAGGUGGACAUCAAGGGCCCAAAAAUAGAUGUUGAUGUUCCAGACGUGGACGUUCAUGGUCCAGAAGGAAAAUUCAAGAUGCCCAAGUUCAAAAUGCCCAAGUUUGGGGUUCCAGGUUUCAAAGGAGAAGGCCCAGAGGUGGACGUGAACCUGCCCAAGGGAGACAUUGAGGUGUCUGGUCCGAAGGUGGAAGUUGAAGGUCCAGAGUUGGACAUUGAAGGUCCAGAGGGGAAGCUGAAAGGCCCCAAGUUCAAGAUGCCCGAGAUGCACAUCAAGACCCCCAAGAUCUCCAUGCCGGACAUUGACCUGAACCUGAAAGGCCCCAAAGUCAAGGGCGACAUCGACGUGUCUGUUCCCAAGAUUGAGGGAGACUUGAAGGGCCCAGACAUUGACAUCAAAGGCCCCAAAGUGGAUGUUGAGCUUCCUGACGUGGAGCUGGAAGGUCCAGAGGGGAAACUGAAGGGCCCCAAGUUCAAGAUGCCCGACCUGAACAUCAAGGCGCCCAAGAUCUCCAUGCCCGACGUCGACUUCAACCUGAAGGGCCCCAAGAUUAAGGGAGAUGUCGAUGUGUCUGGCCCCAAGCUGGAAGGGCCUGAUGUGGAAAUCAAGGGCCCCAAGGUGGACAUUGAUGUUCCAGAUGUGGACGUUCACGGUCCAGAGGGAAAAUUCAAGCUGCCCAAGUUCAAAAUGCCCAAGUUUGGGGUUCCGGGUUUCAAAGGAGAAGGCCCAGAGGUGGACGUGAACCUGCCCAAGGGAGACAUUGAGGUGUCUGGUCCAAAGGUGGAUAUUGAAGGUGCAGAGUUGGACAUUGAAGGUCCAGAGGGGAAGUUGAAGGGCCCCAAGUUCAAGAUGCCCGAGAUGCACAUCAAGACCCCCAAGAUCUCCAUGCCUGACGUCGACUUCAAUCUGAAGGGCCCCAAAGUGAAGGGAGAUGUGGACAUUUCUGUCCCCAAGCUUGAGGGUGAAUUGAAAGGCCCCGAACUGGACAUCAAGGGCCCCAAGGUUGACAUUGAUGUUCCAGACGUGGACGUUCACGGCCCAGAAGGCAAAAUCAAAAUGCCCAAGUUCAAAAUGCCCAAGUUUGGGUUGUCUGGGUUGAAAGGAGAAGGCCCAGACAUUGAUGUUGACCUCCCCGAGGCCGAUGUCAGUAUUUCGGGUCCGAAGGUCGACAUCAAUGUUCCCGAUGUCGACAUCGAAGGCCCGGAAGGGAAAAUUAAGGGCCCCAAGUUUAAAAAGCCUGAGAUUCAGUUCAACGUGCCCAAAAUCUCCAUGCCAGAUAUUGACUUAAACCUGAAAGGCCCCAAACUCAAAGCUGACGUUGAUCCUUCUCUUCCCAAAUUAGAGGCUGAGCUGAAAGGCCCUAAAAUCGACGUCAAGGGGCCUGAGUUCGAGGUCGAGGGACCGAAGUUCGAUGUGGAAGGAAAAGCUAAAAAACCCAGGUUUAAACUGCCCAAAUUUGGCUUCUCUGGCCCUAAAGUUCAAAGCCCGGAGGUGGAUUUGAAACUGAAGAAACCCGACGUGGAAAUAUCUGGUCUGAAAAUCGAUGUUCAGGCUCCAGACGUGGACGUGCAGGCGAAAUCCAAAGGGUCCAAGUUUAAAAUGCCUUUCCUGAGUAUUUCCUCACCAAAAGUGUCGAUGCCGGACGUGGAGCUGAACCUGAAGGGGCACAAAGUGAAAGGGGAAUUGGAUGUUUCCAGCCCUAAGUUGGAAGGGGAACUGAAGGGCCCCGAGUUGGACGUCAAGGGCCCCAAAGUCAACGUGGAGGGUCCAGACGUGGACGUUCACGGCCCGGAGGGGAAAGUCAAGCUGCCCAAGUUCAAAAUGCCCAAGUUUGGGGUUCCGGGUUUCAAAGGAGAAGGCCCAGAGGUGGACGUGAACCUGCCCAAGGAAGACAUUGAGGUGUCUGGUCCAAAGGUGGAUGUUGAAGGUCCAGAGUUGGACAUUGAAGGUCCAGAGGGGAAGUUGAAGGGCCCCAAGUUCAAGAUGCCUGAGAUGCACAUCAAGGCGCCCAAGAUCUCCAUGCCGGACGUCGAUUUCAACCUGAAGGGCCCCAAGAUUAAGGGAGAUGUGGACAUUUCAGUCCCCAAGCUGGAAGGUGAUUUGAAAGGCCCAGACAUUGACAUCAAAGGCCCCAAGGUCGAUAUCGACCUUCCUGACGUUGAGCUGGAAGGUCCAGAGGGGAAACUGAAGGGUCCCAAGUUCAAGAUGCCCGACCUGAACAUCAAGGCGCCCAAGAUCUCCAUGCCCGACGUCGACUUCAACCUGAAGGGCCCCAAGAUUAAGGGAGAUGUCGAUGUGUCUGUUCCCAAGCUGGAAGGGCCUGAUGUGGAAAUCAAGGGUCCUAAGGUUGACAUUGAUGUUCCAGAUGUGGACGUUCAUGGUCCAGAGGGAAAAUUCAAGCUGCCCAAGUUCAAGAUGCCCAAGUUUGGGGUUCCAGGUUUCAAAGGAGAAGGCCCAGAGGUGGACGUGAACCUGCCCAAGGGAGACCUGGAUAUUUCUGGUCCGAAGAUGGAAGUUGAAGGUCCAGAGUUGGACAUUGAAGGUCCAGAGGGGAAGUUGAAGGGCCCCAAGUUCAAGAUGCCCGAGAUGCACAUCAAGACCCCCAAGAUCUCCAUGCCGGACAUUGACCUGAACCUGAAAGGCCCCAAAGUCAAGGGGGACGUGGACGUGUCUGUUCCAAAGAUUGAGGGAGACUUGAAGGGCCCAGACAUUGACAUCAAAGGCCCCAAAGUGGAUGUUGAGCUUCCUGACGUGGAGCUGGAAGGUCCAGAGGGGAAACUGAAGGGCCCCAAGUUCAAGAUGCCCGACCUGGACAUCAAGGCGCCCAAGAUCUCCAUGCCCGACGUCGACUUCAACCUGAAGGGCCCCAAGAUUAAGGGAGAUGUCGAUGUGUCUGUCCCCAAGCUUGAGGGUGACCUGAAGGGUCCUGAACUGGACAUCAAGGGUCCCAAGGUGGACAUUGAUGUUCCAGAUGUGGAUGUUCACGGUCCAGAGGGAAAAUUCAAGCUGCCCAAGUUCAAAAUGCCCAAGUUUGGGGUUCCAGGUUUCAAAGGAGAAGGCCCAGAGGUGGACGUGAACCUGCCCAAGGGAGACAUUGAGGUGUCUGGUCCGAAGGUGGAUGUUGAGUUGCCAAGUGUGGACAUUGAAGGUCCUGAAGGAAAAAUUAAAGGCCCCAAGUUCAAGAUGCCCGAAAUGAACAUCAAAGCUCCCAACAUCUCCAUGCCUGACAUGGAUUUCCAUUUGAAAGGCCCCAAGUUCAAGGGCGGUGUGGAUGUCGACGUCUCGGCACCAAAACUCGAAGGGGAACUGAGUGGGCCGGAUGUCAACAUCAAAGGACCAACGGUUGACAUUGAGACACCCGACAUGGACAUUGAAGGGCCAGACGGAAAAUGGAAAGGGCCCAAGUUCAAGAUGCCCGAGAUGCACAUCAAGGCCCCCAAGAUCUCCAUGCCCGACGUCGACUUCAACCUCAAAGGCCCCAAGUUGAAAGGAGACAUUGACGUUUCCUCUCCGAAGCUCGAAGGGGAUUUGAAGGCUCCUGACGUUAAUAUUGAAGGUCCCAAGGUGGACAUUGAUGUUCCAGACGUGGACGUUCACGGUCCAGAGGGAAAAUUCAAGAUGCCCAAGUUCAAGAUGCCCAAGUUUGGGGUUCCGGGUUUCAAAGGAGAAGGCCCAGAGGUGGACGUGAACCUGCCCAAGGGAGACAUUGAGGUGUCUGGUCCGAAGGUCGAUAUUGAAGGUCCAGAGUUGGACAUUGAAGGUCCAGAGGGGAAGUUGAAGGGCCCGAAGUUCAAGAUGCCUGAGAUGCACAUCAAGACCCCCAAGAUCUCCAUGCCGGACAUUGACCUGAACCUGAAAGGCCCCAAAGUCAAGGGGGAUGUGGAUGUGUCUGUCCCCAAGCUUGAGGGUGACCUGAAGGGUCCUGAACUGGACAUCAAAGGCCCCAAGGUGGACAUUGAUGUUCCAGACGUGGACGUUCACGGCCCGGAGGGAAAAUUCAAGCUGCCCAAGUUCAAAAUGCCCAAGUUUGGGGUUCCGGGUUUCAAAGGAGAAGGCCCAGAGGUGGACGUGAACCUGCCCAAGGGAGACAUUGAGGUGUCUGGUCCGAAGGUGGAUGUUGAAGGUCCAGAGUUGGACAUUGAAGGUCCAGAGGGAAAAAUUAAAGGCCCCAAGUUCAAGAUGCCUGAGAUGCACAUCAAGACCCCCAAGAUCUCCAUGCCGGACAUUGACCUGAACCUGAAAGGCCCCAAAGUCAAGGGGGAUGUGGACAUUUCAGUCCCUAAGCUGGAAGGUGAUUUGAAAGGCCCAGACAUUGAUAUCAAAGGCCCCAAGGUUGACAUAGAUGUUCCUGACGUGGAGAUUGAAGGUCCAGAAGGGAAACUGAAAGGCCCCAAGUUCAAGAUGCCCGAGAUGCAUUUUAAGGCUCCGAAAAUCUCGAUGCCGGACUUCGAUCUGAAUCUGAAAGGCCCGAAAGUGAAGGGGGACGUGGACGUGUCUGUGCCGUGCGGGGAAGGUGACCUGAAAGGCCCCAAAGUUGAUGUGAAAGGUCCUGAGUUGGAUGUUGGUGCCCCAGAUGUUCAAAUCGAGGGCCCGGAAGGGAAAUUGAAGGGUCCCAAGUUCAAGAUGCCUGAGAUGCACUUCAAAGCCCCCAAGAUCUCCAUGCCCGACUUCGAUCUCAACCUAAAGGGCCCCAAAGUCAAGGGGGACGUGGACGUGUCUGCACCGAAAAUCGAAGGAGACUUGAAGGGCCCAGAUGUUGACAUCAAAGGCCCCAAACUGGAUGUUGAGCUUCCUGACGUUGAGCUGGAAGGUCCUGAAGGGAAGUUGAAAGGCCCCAAGUUCAAGAUGCCCGAGAUGCACAUCAAGGCGCCCAAGAUCUCCAUGCCCGACGUUGACUUCAAUCUGAAGGGCCCCAAAGUUAAGGGGGACGUGGACAUUUCGGUCCCCAAGCUGGAAGGUGACUUGAAGGGCCCAGACAUUGAUAUCAAAGGCCCCAAAGUGGAUGUUGAGCUUCCUGACGUGGAGCUGGAAGGUCCAGAGGGGAAACUGAAGGGCCCCAAGUUCAAGAUGCCCGACCUGAACAUCAAGGCGCCCAAGAUCUCCAUGCCCGACGUCGACUUCAACCUGAAGGGCCCCAAGAUUAAGGGAGAUGUCGAUGUGUCUGUCCCCAAGCUGGAAGGUCCUGAUGUGGAAAUCAAGGGCCCCAAGGUGGACAUUGAUGUUCCAGACGUGGACGUUCACGGUCCAGAGGGAAAGUUCAAGAUGCCCAAGUUCAAAAUGCCCAAGUUUGGGGUUUCGGGUUUCAAAGGAGAAGGCCCAGAGGUGGACGUGAACCUGCCCAAGGGAGACAUUGAGGUGUCUGGUCCAAAGGUGGAUAUUGAAGGUCCAGAGUUGGACAUUGAAGGUCCAGAGGGGAAGCUGAAAGGCCCCAAGUUCAAGAUGCCCGAGAUGCACAUCAAGACCCCCAAGAUCUCCAUGCCGGACAUUGACCUGAACCUGAAAGGCCCCAAAGUCAAGGGAGAUGUCGAUGUUUCCCUUCCCAAGCUUGAGGGCGACCUGAAGGGUCCUGAACUGGACAUCAAGGGCCCCAAGGUGGACAUUGAUGUUCCAGAUGUGGACGUUCACGGUCCAGAGGGAAAAUUCAAGCUGCCCAAGUUCAAAAUGCCCAAGUUUGGGGUUCCGGGUUUCAAAGGAGAAGGCCCAGAGGUGGACGUGAACCUGCCCAAGGGCGACAUCGAUAUUUCGGGCCCCACCAUCGACGUCCAAGUUCCCGAUCUCAACGUGGACGGCAAAGCCAAAGGUCCCAAGUUUGCGCUGCCCGAAUUGCACAUUAAAGCUCCCAAGAUCUCCAUCCCCGACGUCGACUUCAACAUCAAGGGGCCCCAGCUCAAAGGAGACGUCGACAUUUCCGCCCCCAAGCUCGAAGGGGAUUUGAACGCACCCCAAAUCGACGUGAAAACCCCCAAAGUAGACGUUACCGCGCCCGACGUCACCAUCGAAGGGCCAGAGGGGAAACUCAAAGGCCCCAAGUUCAAGAUGCCCGAGAUGCACAUCAAGGCGCCCAAGUUCUCCAUGCCUGAUGUUGACUUCAACCUGAAGGGCCCCAAAGUCAAGGGGGACGUGGACAUUUCGGUCCCCAAGCUGGAAGGUGACUUGAAAGGCCCAGACAUUGACAUCAAAGGCCCCAAGGUCGAUAUUGACCUUCCCGACGUUGAGCUGGAAGGUCCAGAGGGGAAACUGAAGGGCCCCAAGUUCAAGAUGCCCGAGAUGCACGUCAAGACACCCCAGAUCUCCAUGCCGGACAUCGACUUGAACUUGAAGGGGUUGAAGCUUAAAGGUGACGCCGACCUUCACGGCCCGAAGCUCGAGGGGGGUCUGAAAGGUCCCGAAAUCGAUAUUAAAGGCCCCAAAAUGGACAUCGAAGGCCCAGAGGUUGACGUUGACGGGCUGGAGGGAAAGGUGAAGAUCCCCAAAAUGAAGCUGCCCAAGUUCGGCUUGAAAGGGGAAGGUCCUGACGUGGACGUGAACUUGGCGAAGGCCGAGGUGGAACUUUCAGGCCCCAAGGUCGAUAUCGGCGUCCCCGACGUGAGCGUCGAAGGGCUGGAGGGCAAAGUGAAAGGUCCUAAAGUGAAGAUGCCAGAAAUGCACGUGAACAUCCCCAAAAUCUCCAUGCCCGAGAUAGACUUGAACUUGAAAGGCCACAAAACCAAGGGGACAUUCGAAGUCUCGUCCCCAAAGAUGACGGCUGAGCUGAAAGGUCCCGACGUCGAGCUCAAAGGCCCCGAGGUUGACGUGGAAUGUCCUGAUUUAAACGUCGAAGGCCCGGAGGCCAACGUCAAACUUCCCAAGUUCAAAAAGCCCAAAUUUGGGUUCGGGAUGAAAAGCCCAAAGGUGGAAAUCAAGGUACCGGGGGCCGAAGUGGAUUUAGCGGAGCCGGAGCUCAACGUGGAGUCGCCCGACGCCAACGUCGCCGGCAAAGGGAAGAAGAGCAAGUUCAAGAUGCCCAAACUUCACAUGAGCGGCCCCAAGGUCAAGGGCAAGAAGGGCGGGUUCGACGUGAAUGUGGCGGGUGGAGACGUGGACGUUGGGUUGAAAUCGCCGGAGCUGGAGCUGAACGUGGCCGGGCCGGACGUCACCGUCAAAGGCGACGCGGCGGUGAAGUCGCCCAAGGGGAAGAAACCCAUGUUUGGUAAAAUCUCCAUCCCGGACGUCGAGUUUGAUCUGAAAUCGCAUCGAUUCAAGGGGGACGCCUCGGCGACCCUCCCAAAAAUGGAGGGAGAGCUCAAAGCGCCCGGGGUGGAAGUUUCGGCGCCAACGGUCAAAGGGCCGAGUCUUGACGUUGCCGUCGAAGCUCCCGACGUCAACGUGAAGAAGCCGAAGUUCAAGCUUGCCGGUGGGGAUUUGAAAGUGGAGGGCGGCCUCAAAGGAGCCGCCGUUGGCGUUGCCGUCCCCUCCGUCGCGGUGCCCGGCGUCGACGUCAACGCCAAAGGACCAAAAGUCAAAGGCGAAGUCACCGCUCCUGGAGCAGAACUGGAAGGUCCCGACGGGAAGUUGAAAUUGGGUCUGGGUUUGGAGACGCCGGGCGCCAAGUUGGAUGUUUCGGCGCCGUCGCUUGACGUCGAUCUCAAAGGGCCUCGAAUCUCCGGCCCCGCUUUGGAGGGAAACCUGAAAGGACCAAAAAUCGCGGGAGAUCUGGACGUUUCGGGUUCGUUCGAAGGGCCCAACGUCAACCUCGACCUGCUGGGGGGUUUGGGGGGGAAGAUGAAGCUGCCCAAGAUGGACGUGGACGCCGACCGGGGCGUGAACGUCAACCUCAGCGCCCCAACCGUCGCCAUCAAAGGCCCCGCGGUAGACGUGUCCCCCCCGGAUCUGAAUUUAGACCUGAAAGGACCAAAGUUGAAGGGAGAUCUGGACGUCCAACCCCCCGAAGUGUCACCGGAGGCGCCCGACGCCGCCUUCCAAAUUUUGGGCGGCACCAUCAAACUCCCGUCCCUCAAACUGCCCCAGUUCAGCGUUUCCAGCCCCGGUGUGAACGGGGCUGAUUUGGGGGUUCAUCUUGAGGGUCCCCAAGUCAAAGGAGACUUGGGGGUCGGUGUUGGGCUGGAAGGACCCGCCGUGGAAUUGAAAGGGCCGCAGUUCCAACCGUCACCCGGCGUUUCCUCGCCGGACGUCGAGCUGAAGCUCAAAGGACCAAACGUGGACGGCGCCGGCGAAACCCAAGGGCCCAAAGUCACCGUGGAGGCCCACGGGGUCGCACCCGCAGUUUCGGGGUCGGGUUUCAACGCCGACAUCAAAGGGCCGAAGAUCAAAAGCGGCACCGCCACGAAAUGGGGAACGGGAGGUCCCGGCGCCCCUGCCGACUACGCCAAAAUCACCUUCCCCAAGCUCCGCAUCCCCAAAUUCGUCUUUUCCGACCCCGAAACGAAGGGCAGGGAGAUGGGGGUGGAUGUUGAGUUCCCGGGGGGCGACGCCGAGGCCGAGGUCGAAGAACCCGACGCGCGGUUGAAGAAACCCAAGCUCAAAAUGCCCAAAUUCACCUUUUCCAAGCAAAAAGCCAAGGGCGGCGGGUCCCUGGAGGCCUCGGGCUCCGUUUCGGGCUCUAAGCCCGACCUAAAGAGCUCCAAGGCCAGUUUGGGCUCGACCGACGGCGAAACGGAGGCGGCCAAAGGGGUCUUCGCCAUCUUCAAGCCCAAAAAGCCGCGGCACCGCUCGGCGUCGCUCAGCGACGAGGGGCCCGACGGCGCCGACAGGGGCAAGGCGCCCAAAUUCGGGACGUUCGGGGGGAUCGGCUCCAGGAGCCGCGGCUCCUACGAGGUGACCGGCAGCGACGAGGAGGCCGAGAAGAGGAAGAAAACGCCGCUCCCCUCCUCAUCCUCCUCCUCGGACGGCGGGACGAAGGCCGCGCUCGACGCGCCCAAAAAACACCGCUAAAAACGCCCCAAAACGCCUCAAAUCGCACCCAAAAUCGGCCCCUCCGCCUAUAGGCGCCCGCGUAUAUAGGCCCGACGGCCCCUCCUUGGCCAAUUUCGGUGCCAUUUUGGGGCCGAAUUGGCCCAAAUGGUGAACGCGGCCUACGGGACGGCGCCCAACGCUGACGCUUCAUCUCUUCGCUCUUUCAUUUUUGGGACGUUUUCAUAUAUUUUCCCCAUUUUCCCCAAUAUUUUCGCCCUGAAUUUAUUACCAAACAACCUCUUCAAAAGCUGCUGGAAAACAUCAAAUUAUCGGCGCGUUUCCCGCCAUUUUUGUUGCGUAAGAAUUUCGGGUAAUGGGGGAGGGGGGGGCGGGUAAAAAUGACCCAUUUUUGCAAGAAAUAACCCCCAAAAUCGCGGUUUUUGCCACUAAACGUCGCCACCCUCAUUGAUUUUUGUUCUUUAAGGGAUUUUUAGGGUUGAUUUUUCGUUUCUCGGCGCGUUUGUUACGGUUUUUGUGUUGUAAAAGGGGGGAAAAUGUGUCUCGGAAAGUCGCGUUUUCUGGUAUUUUUGUUAAAGAGUUUUAAAAAUAAUAAUAAAUAAUAAUAAAAGAAGCUAAAAAUAUAAAAUUUAAACAAAAAUAAAGAGAAGUAACCCGCCCUCUCAGCACUUUAACGGCAAAUUAACGGAGAAUGUAAGAAAAACAACGGUGUAAAAUGCAAAUAAAUCGUUUAUUAACCGCC